AUGCUGACACAGGUGAAGGAUUCUUUGAUUGAAUUGGUCUUGUUUUCUGAGGGGCUGACUGCUUCCGUGUUUCAGAGCAGCGACCGUACUGACAUUCCCGUCUUAUCAAAGCUCACCUUCGCCCGUAUCGAUCCUGUUAUUCAGUACCAAAUUCAUGCCUUUUUUGAUAAGGAGCACCUCCCAAAAUUGAAAAAGUUCGAGUUCAACAGCAUUACAAGCACGGCGGCGGAGUUGACAGGUUAUCUAAACCUUUGGAAGCGACACGGAGGAGUUGAAUCCCUUCUGAUUACACCUGAUAUGCGUUUUAUGAUGGAGGACAUCGAUUUCGGACGAAAAAUUGUGCAUUUGUUCCCAUCCGUCAACAAAUUUCGAUUCUUGAUGCCAAUCUUUGGAACCUUUAAUCCCGAAAAUGUGACAAGAAUGAUGGCACCUUUUCAAACAUGCGAGCUAAAAGAAGCCCAAGUUAUCGUGCUGUGUGUGGAUACCGCUUGGUUAGUUCCAGUCCUUAAGGGUGUGUCGACUUGGAAAGGGAUAAAUCGUGUCUGCUACGUGCACGUCCAUAUCGGCGGCAAUUUUGCUCCCUGUGUGGAAGAUAUCAUCGUACACAGUAAGGGAUUGAGUAGCGUGGAUAUAUUUGGGUUGAGGACAUGGAAGCUGUGGAAGGAAAGCGACCACUUUUGGCAGCCAGUAGUACGCCAAUUCGUUUUACUCGAGAGGCGAAAGGACCGGCUUAUUAUUAAUUCAUAAGUAAUUAAUGGCAAUGGCUGGAAAUUCAAAUUAGAUCUUAUAUCGCCUUUUUAAAAUUAAGCAUUGAUUGUAAUUAGGCCUAUAUAGAAUUAGU